AACCACCUUUCCUUCUUGUUGUUGUUGUUGUUAACCCAAGUCAUUUCUCACGCUAUAAGUAUCUGGUUCUAGAAGGAAGCCCAGUUAUUCAUUGAUUGGGAUAAGGACAACGUGGUUGUUGUCUGAAUUACCAAGUACGUAGAUAUCAUCACAUACAUGGCUUGGAAGACUAGUUAUGGUGGUUUCAAAGAGAUGAGGCCAUUGUUUCACUUGCUCUUGCCUCUGUGUCUCCAUUGGGUCGCUGAAGAAAUGACCGUUUCUGUCCUUGUUGAUGUUACUACUACUGCUCUUUGUCCCGCCCACUCCACCUGUUCUCAACCUAUCUAUAUCACUGGUAUUCAACAAACGAUUGUUGGACUUUUCAAGAUGGUGGUGUUACCAAUUCUUGGUCAACUCGCAGAUGAGAAUGGCCGUAAACCAGUGCUCCUUCUUACUGUGUCAACAACCAUAUUCCCUUUUGCAUUACUUGCCUGGAAUCAGUCCAAGGGAUUUGUGUAUGCUUAUUAUGUGCUUCGUACAAUUUCAUAUAUUCUGAGUCAAGGGAGUAUAUUCUGCAUCGCUGUUGCUUAUGUGGCAGAUGUUGUCAGCGAAAAUAAUAGGGCUGCAGCAUUUAGUUGGAUCACAGGUCUCUUCUCUGCAUCGCAUGUGUUGGGAAAUGUUCUGGCCCGUUUUCUUCCUGAGAAGUACAUUUUCUCUGUUUCAAUAGCACUACUGAUCUUUUGUCCAGUUUAUAUGCAAAUAUUUUUGGUUGAGACAACUAAUAAAUUGGCCCCUCAAAUGGACCAAGACUUGUCUUGCCUGACCAAGAGAGUUGCGAUUAUUCAUAAACGUUAUGUUUCAAUGAGAGAUGCUGCAACAAUAGUUAUGAGCAGUUCAACAUUGAGGAGCAUUUCUUUGGUUUCCUUCUUCUAUGAGAUGGGAAUGUCUGGCAUCAGCACUGUAUUAUUGUACUAUCUGAAGGCAGCUUUUGGUUUUGACAAAAAUCAAUUCUCAGAGAUCCUGAUGAUGGUGGGAAUAGGCUCAAUUGUCUCUCAGAUGUUGGUGCUUCCAUUAAUCAAUCCAUUAGUUGGAGAGAAAGUGAUACUAUGCAUAUCCUUGUGUGCGUCAAUAGCUUAUGCAGUGCUCUAUGGCUUGGCUUGGGCUUCUUGGGUACCAUACUUAAGUGCUUCAUUUGGAGUCAUCUACGUCCUUGUGAAACCUUCCACUUUUGCAAUUAUUUCAAAAGCAUCAAACUUAUCUGAUCAGGGAAAGGUGCAAGGAUUUAUUGCUGGUGUGCAGUCCAUAUCAAGCCUGCUAUCUCCAGUUGCCAUGAGUCCAUUGACAUCAUGGUUUCUAUCUAGCAGUGCCCCUUUCGACUGCAAAGGUUUUAGCAUAAUAUGUGCAUCCAUAUGCAUGGUGAUAUCCCUUUGUUAUGCCUGCAAGCUUAAACCUGAAUCAUGCUCUACAGACGACGCUGAAGCACCGCUUCUGACUGAUAUAUAAUCUGAUCUUUCUCUCAUCCUGUAAAUGAUGUGUGUAGUUAUUUUGGAUACCUUGAGUAACAUUUGAUUUAUAUUAGUAUAUAUAUAAAAUGCUUCACCAAGAGAAGAGUACGUUUUCCUCCAUAA